AUGGAGAUCUUCGAUUUGACCCAGGAUGACUCGCCUGAUGAGCCGGUCCAGUCAGAAGAUGAGGAGAUGGCAUGGGCCAUCAACAUGGUGAUGGAGGUGCAGGACAAUGCACUUGAGGAGGAAGAGGUCUUCUACGACUGCCACAGUGGAGAUGAGGAUGAGCCGCCAAGUACUUCAUCGUUGGAGGAGACAGUGAGCCAUGAUGCACGAGCCCAAUGUGAGGACAUGGAGUUGGACACAUCCAGAGUGUGCAUGGUGAAGAGUGUGGCGCCCACAGUCAUUAUGACCCUCGACUCUGGAGCAGAUGUUUCUGUUGCACCUGAGGAGUACUAUCAGAUGGGUCAACCAGGACAGCAACGGUCAGUUCAGAUGGUCGAUGCACAAGGAGAGGCCAUCAAAAGUGCUGGGAACCGCAGGUUGAGACUUCAGGCUCACACUCGAAGUGGAGAAAUGGUGGAAUUCGUGGAGCAAUUUGCGUUGGGAGUCGGAGUGACACAUCCAUUGCUAAGCUUUGGUCGACUCCUGAGGCAAGGAUGGGUGCUGUCGCGUGAUCAACAAGGUCUAUGUUUGGAGCACCCUGAGAAGAAGAUGCAGAUCCCGGCCAGACUCGAAAGGAACUCUCUGGUGAUGGAUGUGAAGGUCUGUGCAAUUCGAGCUGAAGAAGAUGUGGACGAAGAGCAGAAGAAGGAGAUUGAGGCCAUGGCAGCAAACGACAGAGCCCAAGCCAUGAACGAAAGUGAAGAAAGAAAGGAGGAGAAGAAGAUUCCCGAGGAGGCGGAAGCAGAUCGAGGAGUGAAGAGAAGUGUUGAGGAGCAGAUAGAGUUGGAGAAAGUAGCCAAGGAGGAAGACGAGACCUUGGCAGUGGCAGUGAUGAAGGAGCUCUCCGAGCAGGUGGUGACGGAUGAUGAUGUUCACGUGGAAGAGAACCCCAUGAAGAAGUCAAGACUAAAGGAGAAUGAAGACAUCCCACAACGUUCACCUGGCUACACCACUGAGGAGUCAGGAGGCGAGAUCAUGGUUGAAGGAAGCAGCAGUGAGGAUGGAAGAGUGCAGGAGAAGAUGGCUCGAUGGGAGAAGUGGCGACUGAAGAAGAUUGAGGUCAAAAGCGAGCCAAUGGAGUUGACAGAUAGCCCAAUGGAGGAAUUGAUGGAGGCCGGACAACACGUGUUCCCUGUUCGAGGAGAAGGGCAUUCACUGCAGGGCUUCAUUUCAAGAGAGCUAGGCCUACUGGAGAAGGUGCCCGGAUGGCAUGCUUUGCCAAAUGGGAUAGUGGUGCACUCGAGUCCACAAGCCACCCACUUCCUUGACCCAAGCAUGUCCUUUGGUCCUGAAUGGUGUGGACGCAUGACACUCGUGAAGAAGAAGGACAAUUCAGGUGCUUGGGAGCAGAUCGAAAGCCUAGCUGCAUACAGGGACACACCAUUGCCUUUUCGAGCCCUACCGGCAGGUCCAAGGUCAGCUUUGACGUUUGUGGCCCCAGGACUGAUUCGGGACUACUUCGUGUUGAACUCAGAGGUCCCAGUGAGCCAGUAUCCACUAUUGAGUGGAGAGCCAUCAUCCUGGCCCGAUGAUGAAAGGGAUGAAGAAGGAGGAGAAUUUCCUAUGUUGGCAGCAGGCAGUGGAGGACGGGCAGAGAUCCUGGAAGAUGUAGAGUUCGUGGAUCCUGACGAGCUGAGAGUGCAGAUCGAUGAAGCAUGGUUUGACAAGGAGACAAAGUUGAAGGAUCUUCAGGAGAUCUGCAAGCAGCUCGGAUUGGCCACAUCAGGGUCCAAGACUAAAGUCCUGAGGAGGUUGCAACGAUUUAAGCAUCAGCAGGAGGAGAAGAUGGCAUAUGAAGUUGCACAAAGACUGUUCGCUGAAAGCAGAAGAGAAGCCAUCCCUCUGAAGACACCAAAGUUGCCCUCUCGACAUGAACAAGAAUUGCGCCAGUUGACACAUCUCCCAUUUCAGCCGUGGUGUCAGCAAUGCGUGGCAACAAGACCAAAAGAGGACCCACGAAUGAAGGAAGAUCGAAGUGACAGGAAAGACAGAGGCCGACCGGUGAUCAGCUUUGACUAUGGGUUCACUUACACGGCCGAUGCACCAGAAGAGAAGCAAUGGGGUACUGCCUUGUACGUGGCUGAAUCAGAGUCCAAAGCCACGUUGUGCAUUCCCGUACAGGCAAAAGGAAGUGCGUCUUUGAAGCAGGCAGCCGAAGAAGCCACACGUGAAGGGCAAGUGGAGAAGGAAGCAAAGGUAGUUGGUGAAGAGGUGGCCAUGAGAAUGUAUGGACAUGGUCCUAUCACACCAGGUCCUGCUCCAGAAGGCUAUCCAAAGACACCGGCCAGGACACCUGCAGCUCCAACACCAGCAAGCAAGACACCGGCACUACGAACACCAGUGGUUAUGCCUAUGCCUGCAACACCGGCACGUCCAGUGCCCAAGACCCCAGUGGCACCAGAGCCGCCAAGAGAAGCCAUGAGUUCACCCUCAGGUCCAAAGGAGGCACACCAGAAGCUUCCAGUGGAGGAGACAGACGUCCCAAAGCGAAAGAUGGCAAGGUUGCCAAUCCCAGAGGCAAUGCGAGGUGAACCUGCAAGGAACUUCAUGUCAGAGGCAUUGGAGUCUGAAGCAAGCCCAAAGAAGCAGAGGUUGGAGGAGAUUGUGGGCAAUCUGGCACCAGUCACCCCGCCAUUGGGCACGAAAAGAGAGUAUGCCUUGCCUUGGGAUGACGAGGAUGACGAAAAGAGGAGGAUGAGCCCGAAACGAAGAGUGAACAGCAUCCAAGAGGAUUUCCCAGGUGGAGAUGAGAUGACUGGAGAAGCUAUCUUGCAAGAGGAGCUCAACCAGAUCAGCGAGGAUGAAGGCGAGGAGAAAGGAAUUGGCAAGCCACCUGAGGUCGAUGAGGAAGAGCUAGCAAGGCCAGACAAGCAACACAUCAAGGAACUGGCCAAACUCACCAAUGUGGAGCACCGGAAGCAUCGAACGACCCCUGGUGAUGGAACCUUCAACCGACUGAGCAAAGAUGAUGAGCCCAUGAAGUAUGAGGACAUCACCAAGUAUCGAAGUUGUGUGGGAAAGCUGCUAUACAUCUCCCCUGAUCGUCCUGACGCCCAGUAUGUUGCCCAGGGCUUAGCUGGUUUCAUGCAACAGCCAACAAAGAAGAGCUGGCAAGCCAUGCAACACGUGAGUUCGUAUCUCCUGGGGACUAUGGACGAAGGACUGUUGUUCGAGCACCCUCCCAGAGGAAGAAGCAUGCUAAAUGAUGAUGACAACAUCUAUGAAUGGGAUCUCAAUGAAGAGAAGAAGAGCAUGCUGGAGGUGGUGUGUGACGCCGACUACGCAGGCCAGCGAGACACAAGGAAGAGUGUCAGUUCAGUCCAGAUCUACCUGGAUGGAUGUUUGCUGGAGAGCUAUGUGAGAAGUCAAAGAGCCAUUGCACUUUCGUCAGGAGAAAGCGAGUAUGUGGCCAUGGUCGGUGGAUGCAGUGAAGGACUCUUUCUGAAGCACUGCUGGAAGUUCUUGACCAACGAAGACCUGGACAUGAUUUGCCGGAGUGAUUCAUCAGCGGCUCGGGCUCUUGCAGGUCGAGUUGGAGUGGGGCGUACACGCCACAUUGCAGCUGGUUUGUUGUGGCUUCAGCAGAAAGUGGUUGCAAAGGAGUUGAGGAUUACAGGCAUCCCCACAGCCGUCAACACCAGCGACAUUGGAACCAAGAUUUUGAGCAGGGCAAGAAUGAGUGGCCUGAAAUUCCUGAUCAAGAUGGUCGACAUGGAUGACGAAAAGAUUGGGAAGCAGCAAUAUGAAGAGAUAAAGGCCAAGGAACAGCUGAAGAAGAACGCAGGAAAGAUGGCAAAGAUGAUGGGUGCAAAUGCUAAGGUGGCCCUGGUGAUCGCUUUGUCAUUGCUACAAGGAGGCCAAGGAGCGGAAGUUGAGCGCCCAGAAGAAGGUGAAGAUGGAAGUGAUGAGGCUUGGUGGAUUCGGCCAUUGAUCACCAUGAUCUGUUUGGCAAGCAUUGGGGCCUUGAGCCUGGCACGAAUGGCCAUCGGGGUCAUGACGACAUGGUGGCAUGGAAGACGAAGCCACGAAGAGCCCAUCGAGGAGAAUGAGAAUGAAGGAGAUGUGAAUGUGGUCGCAAGACCGCUUGUGAGAAAUGAGACAAACACAGAUGAGGUUCAAAGGGCACACCUUCGGCAAAAUGAAGAUGAAGAAAAGGUCAACAUGCAGUGGCAAAUCGUUCGUUUGGAAGUAGCCAUUGCUGAGCAUGAGGAGAAGCUGACAGAUGCCCGAUGA